AUGAUUAUAUGGCUCAAUGGAAUCCCUCAUGUGAAUUGGGCAACCUAUGCAUUUAUUGGAAUGCGCUAUGGAGAAAAGAGUUUUAUUGUUGCUGAAUGUUUUAAUAGUUGGAUCAAGAAUAACAAGGGUCUUCCCCAAUCUUAUUUAGCGGAACGAAUACGUAUUCGUCUUAUGGAGUUUAUGUAUAAAAGUAAUAAAGAAAGUCAAAGUUGGGAAGGACAUCUUACACCAAGAAUGGAAGGGCGCCUUAAGAAGAUUAAGGAUGUUGAGAGAAGCUAUAGGGUUAAGCAAGCAGGGGAUGGAUUGUUUGAGGUGUAUACGCUAGUUCCUCCCAAAAAAAAAAAUUUAGUGGAGUUGUAUGAUUUCAACUGCACCUGCCGAAGAUGGGAGUUAAGUUUUACAAAUGUAAAAUCUAUACCGUACAGUAAAAAAACUGUAUACCAUUACGUUGAUCCCACUUUCACAUCUGAAUGUUAUUGUAAUGCAUAUUCACACCCUAUUGUUCCUAUUCUCGAUGUCGAGAAACCUGAUGAAGUUGAUGAAAGCAGUAAGGUUGUCCCUCCUUCUGUCGUCGAAGGCCCUGGAAGACCUCCCAAAAAGAGGUACAUACCUCGUUCUGAGAAGACAAGGAAGAAACGGAUGUGUCUUCACUGUUGGAAGUUGGCUUUUUACAACAAAAGGACCUGUCCAGAUCCACCUGGUGAACCUCCAAUUACCACUGGUCGGAAAGGACAUGGGUUGGGAAAAUACUUUGGCUUAUAG